CAUAUGGGUUGACUCAUUCAUCUUUUAUAUCUACAUUUGACUGGUUAUGAUGGACCAGAACUUUUGCAUCAUAUUAUGCAUCUUUUGUGUAUCUCAGUCGGUGAUGGCUUUUAACAUUGAUCCUUCUACAUGGAAAACGUUCACUGCACCACAGAAUGCAUCCUUUGGCUAUAAGAUUAUACAGAAAGACGCGUCAAGUCUGAUUGUGAGUGAUCCUUUAAUUCAAACCAGAGAUAAAAGCGGACAGAUUUAUAACUGUGCGGUCACAGAAGGAACCUGCUCAUCACUGAACAUUGAUGUUCCUCCAGAAGUUGUCAACAUGUCUCUUGGACUUUCCAUGGUUCAAGAUCCACAAUCUUCAAAGGUGGUGGUUUGUGGUCCAACCAUUCCAAAGAAAUGUGUAGCAGCUACCAACUACAGAGGCAUGUGCUUUAUCCAAGAAAACAAUGAGUUUAAACCACUAAUUCCGAGCCCUAAAUAUCGAGACUGUCUUGGUCAGAUUGACAUAGCUUUUCUAUUAGAUGGAUCUGGGAGUGUAGGAACUUCUAAUUUUGGGAUCAUGAAGACUUUUGUGACAAAUGUGAUCAAACGUUUUACUGAGCGGGAUGGACAGUUUGCUAUUGCUCAGUACUCCAGAGGUUGUACUAUUCACUACAAUUUCAUUCAACUCAAAAUUGAAGACCCCACAUGGGAGUCUAAGGUAACAGGUAUACAGUACUUCAGCGGUGGCACUCACACUGCAGCAGCCAUCCAAAAACUUGUAAAUGAGCUAUUUACAUCAGCUGGAGGGGCAAGACCAUUAGCCAAAAAAAUCUUGCUUGUUAUUACUGAUGGAGAGUCACAAGACAGGAGCUUAUUGACAGAUGCAGUAUCACAGGCAGAGGCAAAGAACAUAGUACGAUUCGCAAUCGGGGUUGGCAAUGCUUUUAAUAAUUUCAGAGCAAAAGAGGAGUUAAAUACAAUUGCUUCUGAUCCAGAUAUUGAUCAUGUGUUUAAAGUGACAGACUUUAAUGCACUAAAUAAUAUUCUUCAAAAACUGGAAGAGAACAUUAUUGGCAUUGAAGGAACUCAGACUUCAGGUGAUUCCUCUAGAAUGGAGUUUGCACAGGAUGGAUUCAGCACAGCCUUCACAUCAUAUGGAAGUGUGUUGGUGAGUGCUGUUGGAGCUUUCCAGUGGAAAGGUGGUUACCAGGAAUAUGUUCCAAGUAGCUCCUUUCAAACAGGCAAUAAGCAUGAAAGCUAUCUAGGUUAUUCGAUGGCUGUUGCAACAGUUUCAGGGAUCAGCUAUGCUAUUCUUGGAGCACCAAGAUACGAGCAUCAAGGACAAGUCAUUGUUUCACAAAUCAGAACCAAUCAACAUAAAGAGCUGGAGUUUCCCAGGCCUCAGAUUGGCUCAUAUUUUGGAGCUGAGGUUUGUGUGGUGGAUUUGAACAGUGACUCCAGAACAGACCUCCUGUUGGUAUCGGCACCAAUGUACAUGGAGCCUGACCGGGAGGGCAAAGUGUUUGUUUACACCUUUACGAGUCAGUUCACUUUUUCUGGUGUGGUGCUGGUGGGAAUGGCAGGUCAGAGGGGUCGGUUUGGUUCUUCUUUGGCCAGUCCAGCAGAUCUGAAUAAUGAUGGUUACAUGGAUGUGCUGAUUGGAGCUCCUUUAGAGGAGGACGGACAGGGCAGCAUCUACAUAUUCAAUGGAGGAGUAGAUCAAAUAAAUCCCACAUAUUCACAGCGGAUUGCUGGAUCAUCGGUACAAUUAGGUUUGCAGUUCUUUGGAAUUUCAUUGAGUCAGUCCUCUCUAGACCAGAGUAGAGACAGCUUUCCUGAUAUUGCUGUUGGGUCCAUGGGAGCAGUUCUGCUUCUUAGGUCCAGGCCCAUCUUGCUCUUGGAAAACAAAGUAACUUAUAACCCAACCAAAAUACCAACCAGUGUAACAGACUGCACAAAGCCAUUGCAAAACAACCUGACUGUGUGCUUCACCAUGAGGGGAUUCAAACAUAGCCUAACAGAUUUAGCUGCAAAUAUUAAUUACACCAUAACGCUGGAUGCCAAGCGACAGAAAUAUCGAGCAUAUUUCUCGGCCAAAAACCGCCUCCACAAUGAUGUGAUGAACAUUGGGUUGCAGGAAGUUUGCAGAAAUCAUUCUUUUUUAAUAGAGGCUUGUCCAGAAGAUGCUCUGAACUCAUUGUCCAAUCAGUUAAAUUUGAAAUUUAAUGGUCUACCAUCGAGAUCUAGAACAAUGCAAAACUUGAGGCCAAUUCUCCAUCCAGAUAUAAAGACCACCACAGACCACAAUCUAGAUUUUGAGAUAAACUGUGGAACUGAUAAUUUAUGUGUCGAUGACCUCAGAAUGGAUUUUAAUUUCUCUGGAGCUACAAAUAUCGAGGUUGGGAUCAUGCAGGAGAUCAAUGUGACAGUGUUUGUAGAGAACAGAGGAGAAAACUCAUACAACACAUUCUUCACCCUCAACUACGCCUUUGGACUUUCCUACAGGAGAAUCACAUCUAAACAGGGCAGAGUGGAGUGUCUGUCUCUGGAUGGUGUGCAAGGAGGUAAACUAGGAGAAACCACCUGCUACAUCAGUAAACCCAUCCUCAAGGACAACUCUCAGGUUGUGUUUGAGAUUACAUACAGUAUUAAUAAAGAAAGUACACUCGGCCAAAAUGUGACGUUUAAGGCUGCGGUCACAAGUGGAAAUGACAAACAUUCUAGUGACAGUGAAUUUUUCAAAGAAAAGACCAUUGGUGUCAAAUAUGCCAUCUCUGUUGCCUUGAUAAGGCAUGAAAAUUCCACCAUUCACAUUAAUUUUACUUCAGGGAAAAAGGAUCUUAUGAAACCAGUCCACCAGAUAAUAAAGAUUGAAAAUGACCUCAGAGAAUUAACUUUCAAGGUUUUCAUCAAAGUACCAGUGAAAGUUGGUGAUGCUGAUAUCUGGACUAAUUCAAGUCUGCAAAUUUCUGGCUGUAAGUGGGAGAACAUGAAAAAGCCUGCUAUCACCAAUUUUAUGGACAUUAUUAAAAGUCAACGUACAGUGAACUGCUCUGUGGCGGUGUGUGCCGAGUUCAGCUGUGACGUCACUCUCAUAAAGAAUGAAAGGAUGCUCUAUAAUAUAACUGGCAAUGUGAGCUCUGGAUGGAUUGAGCAGACUGGACUCAGAGCUGCUGUUUUCCAUCUGGUCAGUUCAGCAUCUCUGGAUUAUGACAAGAGCAAAUAUGUUUUCUUUGCCUCUGAUUCUCAACAAACUGCACCGUCUGUUCAGAUUAAUACUCAAGUGGAGGUGUAUGAGGAGGUGAAUCUGACUAAAGAGAUCAUUGGAGGUGUAAUAGGAGGACUGCUGCUACUGGCUCUCAUCACAGCGGCCCUCUAUAAGGCUGGGUUCUUCAAAAGCCAGUACAAGCAGAUGCUGGAGGAGGCACAGGGGGACGCAGGAGGACAGCCAAACAUGUCACAAUAAUCUGCACUCAUUCUGUUAUGAGAUGUUAAUGUGUUUUGUGUGUUUGAGAAUGAAACAUAAAUGUAUUUAUCACCUCAGAACGAAAUACUGUAUUUCGGCCUGACUUAGAACACUUUAUAAGAAUGAAAUUUGGAAAUUAAAUCAUAUCACUACUCAUCGUUAUCUUAUCAGCGAGUUUAACAAUGAGUUACCACAAUGAAAGUAUUUAUCACCUUGCAAAUAUUGUUUAACUUCCUUUGUUUUAAAAACUGAUAAUGAACUAUAGCAGAAAUGUCAGUAAUAUCGGAGGGCCUUUUUCUGACAUGCAGACUGUUUUUGAGAUGUUUCUUUAGAUUUUUAUAAUAAGGCUGGUUCCGUCACAGAAAAAAAGGUAUUGCAUUGUUUUAUCUCACAAUUCAGACUUUAUAAUGUCUUUAUUCAGAGUUUUACAAUUCUAAGUUUAUAUCUCACAAUUCUAACUUUUUUUCUCUGAAUUCUGUUUACAUUUUGCAGUUCUGAUUUAGUCUCUGAAUUUUUAUCUAACAAUUGCAAUAUUUUUCUUGUAAUUACUAGUUUACUAUUACCUUUUUUUUUUUUUAAACCGUGGCAGAAACAGGCUUUAAUAGGGAUUUGCUCUGGGUGUCAUUUAAAAAAUGUUUUAUUGCUUUCUGCUUAAUAGAGAGAUAUUGUUUAUUUUGCU